CUGGUUUUCUUUUUCCUUCUGGUUUUUGUCCCCACAUGUCUGUUUGCUGCUCGCCUGAGCUUUUAGCUGUUUUUUUGGAUUUUGCCCUUGUUUCACAAUUUGAAUAUGUUAGGCUGCCUAUUAUAAGUCAUUAUUUGCAAUUGCUUCCAUCUCUGCCGACUGACAGCACGAGUUAUAAAUUGUCAUCAUCAUCGUCAUCAUCAUCAUCAUCAUAAUCCUUAUUAAAACCUAUCGAUCUAGUGGUGUAAUCUGGCCAUGCUGUACCUUACACACCUUACCGGCCUGGUCCUGAUCACACUCAUAAAUGGUGAUUGUCCUGUUAAAAUACAGCCUGUUAAAUUAGUGGUGGAGUUUGGAGCUUCAGUCUCAGCUAUCUGUUCUACAACCAUCGCCCACAAAGGCAUGGGCUGGGAGGCAUCUCAGGGAGCAGUAGACAUGACGCAAGAGGUCCAGAACAUCACCUGGAGGGUAGAGAGCCUCACGCACUGGGACAUAAAACCAGUUUGCUACAUAAAUGCAAACUCCAAGCAGUGCGAACUCGGGCUCUCAGUUACUGUUUACAAGCGUCCAGACCGGGUGUCCAUCAGCACCGUGAAUCACACAGGGCCGAUGAUUGAAGGCAGAGAGUACGAGCUCCAGUGUGAUGUUCAGAAUGUUGCUCCUGUUCAUCUCCUCACUGUGAACUGGUACAAAGGACAACAUCUAGUGAAAGCAGAAAUCUUUUCUGAUAAGACCCCAAAUACAGCUGAUAAAACCACAACACUUCAGAUCUCCCCGAGCAAAGAUGAUGAUGGAGUUCAGUACAGAUGUGAGGCAGAACUGAAUCUGGGACCAGAAGGACCUCAACCUCCUCCUAAAGUGACAUCAGAUCCUCUCAACAUUGCAGAUCACUCUAGCCCACGAAUUAAGCCAGACAAUCCAUCGGAAGUGGUGAAGGCAGGCGGAGACGUGUCUCUGAGCUGCACUGCUGAUGGAAAUCCAGAACCUGAAGUGAGAUGGAGCUUUCAAAAUCAUAUUAAGGCCACUGGGAGGCGGCAAACAGUACUGACAAUAUCUGACGCCUGGCUUGCUGAUGCUGGUGUAUAUACGUGCACUGCUACGAACGAUCACGGGAACGACAUAAGGACAGUCUCACUGAUGGUAGAAAGUGAUUGUCCCGUUAAAAUACAGCCUGUUAAAUUAGUGGUGGAGUUUGGAGCUUCAGUCUCAGCUAUCUGUUCUACAACCAUCGCCCACAAAGGCAUGGGCUGGGAGGCAUCUCAGGGAGCAGUAGACAUGAGGCAAGAGGUCCAGAACAUCACCUGGAGGGUAAAGAGCCUCACGCACUGGGACAUAAAACCAGUUUGCUACAUAAAUGUAAACUCCCAGCAGUGCGAACUCGAGCCCUCAGUUACUAUUUACAAGCGUCCAGACCGGGUGUCCAUCAGCACCGUGAAUCACACAGGGCCGAUGAUUGAAGGCAGAGAGUACGAGCUCCAGUGUGAUGUUCAGAAUGUUGCUCCUGUUCAUCUCCUCACUGUGAACUGGUACAAAGGACAACAUCUAGUGAAAACAGAAAUCUUUUCUGAUAAGACCCCAUAUCCAGCUGAUAAAACCACAACACUUCAGAUCUCCCCGAGCAAAGAUGAUGAUGGAGUUCAGUACAGAUGUGAGGCAGAACUGAAUCUGGGACCAGAAGGACCUCAACCUCCUCCUAAAGUGACAUCAGAUCCUCUCAACAUUGCAGAUCACUUGGACUGAUUGGGACGUUCAGUUCGUCCCAAACGUGUUCAGUGAGGUUGAGGUCAGGGCUCUGUCCAGGACACCCACAGAGUUCUACCACACCCAACCUUGGCAAACCAUGACUUCAUGGAGCUCGCUUUGUGCACAGGGGCAUCGUUAAGCUGGACGAACCACAUAUGGGUGUGAUGGUCAGGUGUCCACAUACUUUUGGCCACAUAGUGAAUGUGUAUAACAUAACACCACAUUAUGUCACUAAGUUAAUAAUAAUAAUUAAAAAAGAGUAAUCCCAGCAAGA